UAAUACGUAUAAAAAUUUUCUGGAUUAACUUAACCCAAUGGCUAGAUUGGUCCCUUUUUGACCCAACGCCGAGAUCAAAAUAUAACCAGCGUUUUUUUACCAUGUAAGCAUCAUCCAAUAAAGGUUUCAGAUUCAUCCAGCAAGAUAAGUUACCAUAAACUUCAAAUUAGAUUUUAGACAGUGGUCAGUCAAAGUUCACUUUCAGAUUUUCCCCAAAAUACUUGGCCUGCCAUAAAAUUAACUUAACAGUAUUGUGAGCUUAUGCAACACAAUAACGGGUUCUAGUUAUGGCCUGUGUCACCCCAAAUAAAUGGCCUAUUCCUAUUUUCAGCUUUACGAUACUAUUGUAGACUAAAAUUAGAGGAGCGACCAGUUCACGACAGUUAGUUUUUGAGACAACAAUGUUGACUAGAGAGUCUUGUCCAAAGAUGGGCCCCUGGGUCAUUUGGAAACCGCAAAGAACAAGCUGUAUUUGUCUCUGACCCCCUAAAGCAGAAGUGGCCAGAGAGGGAAGUCUGGGAUUGGCCACUUCACGCAAACAGAACUGGGCGGUCCCAUUGCGUUAGUGAUAUAGGGAAAAGACACUAGCCCUGCAGUCAUCAAACCUGUCAGAUCUGUAAUCCGCUGGCCAUCUACUGGGAAGUACGAUAGAAACCAAAGGCCUGGGAUUUAGUACAAAUUAAGCCAUUAAGGUCCUUCUGGUAGCUGCUAAUGGUUUUGGAUCCUAAGUAAGUGGAAAACAAGGGAUCGACAAUGCCACAUUUAACUGACUGUAGUUUCUACAACAUGAGAGACGGAGGUCGAGUUUCUACCGUUCAAAGCCACCUGGAGAACUCCAAGUAUCAUCUCCACCAGGCCCAGCAAGUCAAACAAUAUUUGACUUUGGGCAACAAGCACGCCAGCCAGGCCCACCCGAUCUCCCACCCUCACCCGGGACAAGUCCUGGGCACAGUGUCCGUCAUGCGCAAUGGACACAUGCCACCCAUGACCGAUGGCAGCACGCCGGGGAGUCCCGUCACCCUGCUCACGCUGGCUAACAAUCACGAGAGCGAGUUUCCAAUGGAUGAAGUUAUCGAUGAUCUCAUUAGCCUUGAAACUGGAUUUAAAGAUGGGGGGUUGGAUUGCAUGGAGCCAGGCAUCAUGAUGCAAAACAACGUGUCCCUGGAUAGCAGCAUGCUGGAGAUGUACGGCGGUGACCAAGAACCUGAUACAAGAGUCAUGGCCAAAGAAAGACAGAAAAAAGACAAUCAUAACCUAAUUGAAAGACGGAGACGAUACAACAUCAACUACAGAAUCAAGGAGCUUGGAACGCUGAUUCCCAAAUCAAAUGAUCCUGAUAUGCGCUGGAACAAAGGGACGAUUCUCAAGGCCUCGGUGGAAUACAUUAAGUGGCUACAAAAAGAACAGCAGCACGCCCGCGAUCUGGAGAGCCGACAGAAGAAACUGGAACAGGCCAACAGAAGACUUCUGCUACGAAUCCAGGAACUCGAGAUCCAGGCUCAUGCCCACGGCCUGCCCAGUAUGGCCACUUCUAUGGGAGCUGUGGAGGUUUCACCUCACCUCCUAAAGCAGCACCAGACCCAAGUGACCACCCAGGUGCCCACUCAGCCAGCUCCGCCACCCCUUUACCCUCAGGAUGACCUAAGCAACCCUGAAUACAUCCAGCGGGCACAACUGCCGUCGACGGUGGUCGUUGGAAACGGCGGAGAAUCGAAUGACGGCUCCACCACCUUCUCCGACCCUCUGUCUCAUUUCACCGACUUCUUCAGCAGCAGCCUAAAAGAAGAACAACGAUUGGAUGAGAUUCUGAUGGACGGCUCUCUAUCACCUUUCGGCACAGACCCGCUUCUGUCCGCUGGGUCGCCCUCCGCGUCCAAGGAGAGCAGUCGAAGAAGCAGUUUCAGCUCAGAGGAGACAGACGAACUCUGACCGUCCCUACGACGACCUUUGCCCUUUCAUAUGUUUUUAAUGCUGUGUAACUGACCUCCCGUUUUCCAUUGGAUUACAGAGAUGAUGGACGACACAGCCAUCUUACGCCAAUGUUGAGUCAGACACAUCAAAAAAGGGAGAUUGACUGAUCUACUGACAUUGAUCUACUGUACAGCCGGUUGAAGUGUAUGAAGACAAGUGCAAAAACACUGGUUACAUACAUCCACUGGAUUAUUAAAUGUAUAUUUCUAAAAAAAACAAAUGGCAUUGUUAAUAUGGACCAGUUAGGGAUCUUUUGUGCCUUAUUUUACGCUGGCUAACUUUUAUACUUUUGACUCUGUACGCAAUGCAAAUGUUAUUAUGCCUAACAUUUUUCGAUGUUUUUAAUACAUAAUGUAUUUUUUCAGAAACAUUUGCUUAUGUAUUUAUGUUUUUAAUCCCUGAAUUUUGUACAAUAAAAAAAUAUACAAAAUGCCAA